UGGUGGGGGGUCUUCAUGGUGGAAAGGCAGCAACGGAGGCAGAAGUGUUUCCAACACUGGACAACGAGCACCAGGUUUAGAGAGUUGUCUGUACUUCUAGGAGGGGAAGGGAGCCUGGCCGGGGAACCAAGCGUGGGGUGCAGGAGGCCCGGCUUCUACCAGCCUCUGCUCCAGUGGCAUUGCCUUUCUGAGCCUGGACCUCCACAUAUGUAUAUGAAAGUUUGGAACGUGACCAUCAAGAGCCUGCCCAGCUCUGAAGACUGUUCAAGGGGCCCACAGGAGGGUAUGAGGAAACCUUCUCAUGGCUGCAGAGCUGCCACUAAAGCAAAACUAGAGGCAAAGUCAGCCAGCAGCCCCUUCCCUUCUCAUCCCAGCCUGGCCCAGAUCACCCAGUUCCGCAUGAUGGUGUCUCUGGGACAUUUAGCCAAAGGAGCCAGCCUGGACGAUCUCAUCGACAGCUGCAUUCAGUCUUUUGAUGCAGAUGGAAACCUGUGUCGAAGUAACCAACUGUUGCAAGUCAUGCUGGCCAUGCACCGAAUUAUCAUUUCCUCUGCUGAACUGCUCCAGAAAGUUGUCACCCUCUAUAAGGAUGCCUUGGCAAAGAAUUCGCCAGGGCUUUGCCUGAAGAUCUGCUAUUUUGUAAGGUACUGGAUAACAGAAUUCUGGAUCAUGUUUAAAAUGGAUGCCAGCUUGACACACACCAUGGAGGAGUUCCAGGAACUGGUGAAGGCCAACGGGGAGGAGCUACACCGCCGUCUGAUUGACACGACCCAGAUCAAUGCCCGUGACUGGUCCAGGAAACUGACUCAAAGGAUAAAAUCGAACACCAGCAAGAAGCGUAAAGUCUCCCUGCUCUUUGACCACCUGGAACCAGAAGAGUUAUCUGAGCACCUCACGUACCUUGAGUUCAAGUCCUUCCGGAGGAUAUCCUUCUCCGAUUAUCAGAAUUACCUUGUGAACAGUUGCGUGAAGGAGAACCCCACCAUGGAGCGGUCCAUUGCCCUGUGUAACGGCAUCUCCCAGUGGGUACAGCUGAUGGUUCUCAGCCGCCCCACCCCGCAGCUCCGGGCAGAAGUCUUCAUCAAGUUCAUCCAGGUGGCUCAGAAGCUCCACCAGCUACAGAACUUCAAUACAUUGAUGGCUGUGAUAGGUGGGCUGUGUCACAGCUCAAUCUCCAGGCUCAAGGAGACAAGUUCGCACGUCCCACAUGAAAUCAAUAAGGUUCUGGGGGAGAUGACCGAGCUCCUGUCCUCCUGUAGAAACUAUGACAACUACCGGCGAGCCUAUGGGGAGUGCACCCAAUUCAAGAUCCCCAUCCUGGGGGUGCACCUCAAGGACCUCAUCUCCCUGUACGAGGCCAUGCCCGAUUACCUGGAGGAUGGGAAGGUGAACGUCCACAAGCUGCUGGCUCUUUAUAAUCAUAUCAACGAACUGGUCCAGCUGCAAGAGGUGGCCCCACCCUUGGAAGCCAACAAGGACUUGGUGCACCUGCUGACGUUGUCCUUAGAUCUCUACUACACUGAAGAUGAAAUCUAUGAGCUGUCCUAUGCCCGGGAACCAAGGAACCACAAAGCCCCACCACUAACACCUUCAAAGCCCCCAGUAGUAGUGGACUGGGCUUCUGGAGUAUCUCCCAAACCUGACCCAAAGACCAUAAGCAAACACGUCCAGAGGAUGGUGGAUUCGGUCUUCAAGAACUAUGAUCAUGACCAGGAUGGAUACAUUUCUCAGGAAGAGUUUGAGAAGAUUGCCGCCAGUUUCCCCUUUUCCUUCUGUGUGAUGGACAAAGACAGGGAAGGCCUCAUCAGCAGAGAGGAGAUAACGGCCUACUUCAUGAGAGCCAGCUCCAUCUACUCCAAGCUGGGCCUGGGCUUUCCUCACAACUUCCAAGAGACCACCUACCUGAAACCUACUUUCUGUGACAACUGUGCUGGAUUUCUCUGGGGAGUGAUCAAACAAGGAUACCGAUGUAAAGACUGCGGGAUGAACUGCCACAAACAAUGCAAAGAUCUGGUUGUGUUUGAGUGCAAGAAGCGAGCCAAGAACCCAGCAGCAAUAACCGAGAACAGUACCCCUGGAGGGCCAACAUCCAGCCUUUGCUCACUGGGAGCCAAAGACCUGCUCCAUGCAACUGAGGAGGGACCUUUCACAUUCCCUAAUGGGGAGGCUGUGGAACACAGUGAGGAAAGUAAAGAUCGGACCAUCAUGCUCAUGGGAGUGUCCUCACAGAAGAUUUCUGUUCGGCUGAAGAGGACUGUCGCCCACAAGGCCACCCAGACGGAAUCCCCGCCUUGGCUUGGCAGUGAGCGUCCCUGUGGUCCCUUUGUGCUCUCUUCCCCAAGGAAGACAGCCCAGGAUACUCUGUAUGUGCUUCCUAGUCCCACAUCUCCUUGCCCCAGCCCAGUCUUGGUCAGAAAGCGGGCUUUUGUCAAGUGGGAGAAUAAAGAAUCCCUCAUAAAAUCAAAGGAGGAUCUCCGUCAUCUCAGACUGCCAACCUACCAAGAGCUGGAACAGGAAAUAAAUACCCUGAAAGCAGAUAAUGACGCUCUAAAGAUCCAACUGAAAUAUGCACAGAAGAAAAUAGAAACUCUCCAACUUGCAAGAAGCAAUCAUGUCUUAGCUCAGAUGGAGCAGGGUGACUGUUCUUAGCCAAGAAUCUCAAGGAGCACAAUGUGUAGAUGAGUAUAUCAGAGAUCUCACUUAACUAAAAUAAAUAACAAACACCUGGUGUACCUUAGAUCAA